AUGUCUGCCUCCAGGAUUGCAGCCUCCGACAUCAAGGUCGUCAAGGCCGGCGACACCUACCAGGUCGAGGGCCGUCCACGCGAGGAAUUCGCAAUCCUCAACAUCUUCCAUCCCCCCAACAUUCCGGGCAAGCAAAUCGUCGUGGCCAAGAUCUGGAUGGACCCCAACGCUGCCUCGCCGCCUCACACGCACAGCGGAGCCGCCAUCGUUGGUGUUGUGACUGACGGGACUGUCCUCAACCAGAUGAACAGCGAUGACCCGAUCACCUCCUCGCAGGGAGAGAUCUUCUACGAGGGGCCUGGAUGUCAUCACGUUCGCAGCGAGAACAACACCGGGGAGAAGGCUGCGUUUGUUGCUGUGUUGAUUAUUGACGACGAGGUUGUGAAGGACGGAUAUCACAAUAUCUUUGUUUUGGAUGCUGACAAGGAGGGCGCCAACCUGUAG